AUGAGUAACGUUGCAUUUCAUAUCGCGAAGAGGGUGGUACAAAAGGAGCGGGUGAGAACCCUUUGUAGACGCACCCUCAGAAACGCUCGCGGUCGGGCUCUUCAUCGUCAUCUCGUUUACUCCAAUGUUGAUGUAGUUCAUGAGAGAUUCCAUGCAAACAAGCAUACGGAUGAUGUAGAUACUAACGGUCGGAUGAUCGUUGACGGUAAGGCAAAAUACGGUAAGUGGCAGCACAACGAUCGUUAUGUUGUUCUACGGGCUCACGAUGGCAGCAAAUUUACUCGCAACCCGACACCAUCAUCGCGGGCAAUCUUUACUUCUUUCAUGAGUACGGUAUCCGUCUUUAAGGAAAACAUUAAUGCUACACUUGAUCGCAAAUCCGGUGUGCCAAUAAAACAAGUCGAAAAGAAGGAUGAGGAAAUUGCACCAAUGGAAGAGGAUGAGGCCGUGAUACAAUCCGUGAUUUCCGGUAAAACGCCAUCUUACUCGUUGGAAUCGAAGCUUGGGGACUGCAAGCGUGCGGCUUUUAUCAGAAGAGUGUCCUUGGAGAGGGUAACGGGCAAGUCUCUUGACGGUUUGCCGCUAGACGGGCUUGAUUACGAAUCCAUAUUGGGACAGUGUUGCGAAAUGCCGGUUGGUUAUAUCCAAAUACCUGUGGGUAUUGUUGGCCCGAUGUUGUUGGAUGGAGAGGAGUUUUGGGUUCCGAUGGCGACCACUGAAGGGUGUCUUGUGGCUAGCACGAACCGGGGUUGUAAGGCCACUUACACCUCCGGUGGAGCCACCAGCAUCUUACUCAAGGAUGGCAUGACUCGAGCGCCGGUGGUCAGGUUCGGCACCGCCAGAAGGGCGGCCGAUUUGAAGUUCUUCUUGGAGGAACCACGAAACUUCGAGACUCUUGCCUCGGUUUUUAACAAAUCGAGCCGAUUCGGGAGGCUUCAGAAUAUCCGAUCUUCAAUUGCAGGGAAGAAUCUAUACAUAAGGUUCACUUGCAGCACCGGUGAUGCAAUGGGGAUGAACAUGGUUUCGAAAGGCGUUCAAAACGUUUUGGAUCAUCUCAAGGCCGACUUCCCCGACAUGGACGUCAUUGGCAUCUCCGGCAAUUAUUGUUCCGAUAAGAAACCGGCGGCCGUGAAUUGGAUAGAGGGAAGAGGCAAAUCGGUGGUUUGCGAGGCAAUCAUAAAUGAAGAAAUCGUAAAGAAUGUGUUGAAGACGGAUAUAGCUUCGUUGGUGGAGUUGAACAUGCUCAAGAACUUGGCCGGAUCCGCCAUGGCUGGUGCUCUCGGUGGGUUCAACGCCCACGCCAGUAACAUCGUGUCAGCGGUGUACCUUGCCACCGGCCAAGAUCCGGCCCAGAACAUCGAAAGCUCCCACUGCAUCACCAUGAUGGAAGCGGUGAACGACGGCAAAGACCUUCAUGCGUCGGUAACCAUGCCGUCAAUCGAGGUUGGGACCGUGGGUGGUGGAACUCAGUUGGCUUCACAAGCGGCAUGCCUUAACUUGCUGGGAGUUAAGGGUGCAAACAAAGAAUCGGCUGGAUCAAAUGCACGACGGUUGGCUAAGGUGGUCGCCGCCGCGGUUCUAGCCGGAGAGUUGUCUCUCAUGGCAGCACUCACGGCAGGGCAACUCGUCAAGAGCCACAUGAAAUACAACCGCUACAGCAAAGAUGUUACAGCUGCCAAAUCUUAA